UAUAAAACUCACAUUUCGUCUCCUCCUUUUCCAUCUGAAAUCACCGAUUCCUCAUUCAUUUUCAUUUUCCCAGAAACCAGUUUCGGCUGAGCCUCCAAGACAACCAUCACAUGUCUCCCUGAACUCGUCCUCUCUGUUUCUGCUUCAUGGGCUAGUUUUCUUCCUCACGCAUCGUGCAAGAAAAACUAUGAUCAAAUCCAAAAACUUUCUUCGGAGUAUUUUGAAACUUCUCAAACUCGGUUCAAGCAGAGAGAGACAGAACGAAGACGACGUUCAGAGGAUUGCUGCCAAGGAGCAGAAGGUCUUUUCCUACGAAACGCUAGUUUCUGCGACGAAGAAUUUCCAUGUUCAUCACAAGCUUGGCGAGGGAGGAUUCGGACCAGUUUACAAGGGGAAGCUAGAAGAUGGGAGAGAGAUAGCAGUGAAGAAGCUAUCGGUGAGAUCGAACCAGGGGAAGAAGGAGUUCAUAAAUGAGGCGAAACUGUUGGCGCGUGUGCAGCACCGCAAUGUGGUGAAUCUGUGGGGCUAUUGUGUGUAUGCUUCCGAGAAGCUUCUUGUCUAUGAGUAUCUGCCUCAUCAGAGCCUUGACAAGAUCAUCUUUAAAUCAGACAGGAGAAAAGAGCUUGAUUGGCAAAAGAGGUUUGGAAUAAUAACAGGAAUAGCUAGAGGAUUGCUUUAUCUUCACGAAGAUUCGCACACCUGCAUAAUUCACAGAGACAUAAAAGCUAGCAAUGUUCUACUUGAUGAUAAAUGGAAUCCCAAGAUCGCAGAUUUUGGCAUGGCUCGUCUCUACCCUGAAGAUGAAACCCAUGUCAAAACUCGUGUGGCUGGAACCAAUGGAUAUAUGGCUCCAGAAUAUUUAAUGUAUGGACAUUUAUCAACAAAAUCAGAUGUAUUUAGUUUUGGAGUUUUGGUGCUGGAAAUCAUCAGCGGUCAACGAAACUUAUCGUUUAAUAACUUGGACAUGGAUGCACAGAACCUUAUAGAAGGGGCAUACAAGCUUUACAAAAAAGGACGAAGCUUAGAAAUCAUGGACACUGCAAUAGCAGCAUCAGCAGUGCCUGAACAAGUAGCAAUGUGCAUUCAACUAGGCUUGCUUUGCACUCAAGGUGAUCCCAACCUCCGCCCCACCAUGCACCGGGUGGUGGUGGUGUUGUCGAAGAAGCCAGGGCACUUGGAAGAGCCGACAAGACCUGGCGUGCCGGGUUCAAGAUACCGAAAGCAUCAUAAUCCUUAUGCAUUGUCUUCCACAGUUGGUAGUAGUUCUAGUGGAUCUCGUUCACAUGUUGGUGUCUCAAGCAAUAUCUACGACACUAGGUCAACUGCCACGGCAACCACAGCUGCCACAGCCGCAACCACAACCAACUCAGCUUCUGGAGAAUUAGACCCACGUGGAAAACGUGUGAUUGAGGGUUAAGGUCAUAAGCUCUUAUUACAGUUGAUGGAGGGGGAUAUUUUGUCAUUCAUUUUGUAAAAAAAUAUGUAAGUGUUAGAAGAUUCUUUGUCCUUAGGUCAUUGAGAAGGGAUGUUGAGAAUUGAGCUCAAUGGCUGUAAAAUUUUGUUUUGUUUGGUUUCCCUGGUAAGAAUCAUUCAAUUGAAUCAAUUUUUGUAUUACAUGAGUAAUGGAGAAAAUUACAGGACAGGUCUCAAUGAAAUUCAUACACAGACGAUUUUUUGUUUUACACGGCU